AUGCCUUUACUCAGCAGCAAACUACCCAACUACUCUGGACCCUACCAAGUGGGAGUUGUCGACAUUGAGGCUCCGACCGAAAAGAGAUUAAUCAGCGAGCAUGUCUUCAAAGACACCCAGCAACCGGCCUUCGCGCUUGAGAGUGUCCUGUUCUCGAUGUACUAUCCUGCAAACAAAGGCGCAAUAUCAACAAAACCUCACCAUCCGUGGAUAUCCGAUUUUGCACAGCAGGGCGAGGGCUAUGCCAGGUUCGCUCGGAUAAACAACGUCUUCACCAACAACAUUUUCAGCUGGGCUCUGUGGACUCUUGUCGGCAGCACCGUCGUACCAGCGGAAGUGGACGUUCCCAUCUACGGCACGUCAACACAGUAUGAUUCCAGCACGGAAGUUCCAAUGGAGGCGGGCUUACCGAAGUUCCCGGUAAUCGUCUUCUCACACGGAAUGGCUUCAAGUCGCACCAGCUACACGCAAUGGUGUGGCGAGCUCGCAUCUCUUGGCUUCAUCGUGGCAGCAAUCGAGCAUCGGGACGGCAGUGGGCCUGGCAGCAGUGUCAUGCUCAAGGACGGUAGUUCUCGAGAGGUUUACCACAUCAGCGAGAGCAUGCUGGAACCCCAGCCAGAGACACCAGAGUUCAAGCAGAUUCAAAUCGCCAUGCGCCAGGCAGAAAUCGAAGAGACAGUCCGCGUUCUACGGCAGAUCAACGACGGCCACGGCAAGGACGUCUUCGCUUCCAACGCUCGCAGCGAAGGCGACGAUUUGGCAGCAUGGAGAGGACGCAUCAACAUGGACAGGAUUGUGGUCGGCGGUCACUCCUACGGCGCAACUGGAGCUCUUCAGGCUCUGAAAGACGCUCCGAACGACAAGCGCCCCUUCGUCGGUGGACUGAUACUUGACCCCGGCAAGCAGAGCGGACCGCUUCAGUCUGACAUCGACGUUCCGAUCUUGGUGGUUCACUCGCAGUCGUGGUCUGCCCGGCACUCUAUCUUCGAAGGACGACCGCACUUCGAGGUGGUCAAAGACCUCGUGAAAAAGGUCAUGAGGAAAAAGGAGGGCAAGAAGCAGCAGUCUGCGUGGUUCCUGACUUCGAAGGGUACCUCGCAUCCAUCGGUGACCGACGCUCCGCUCAUCGAGCCCAUGCUCUUGUCCUGGACCACGGGCUCGACAAUUGAUGUCCGCGAAGGUGUUAUGCAGUACGUCAAGGUCGGCGAGGAGUUCAUGCACUUUCUUGAGAAUGGAGAGCGGAUCGGGGUGUUGGCUGAAGACGUAACGCACCCUGUGUACGACCAGGAUGAGCGAGAUCCUGAGAGGAAGGCACAUAUGAGUCAGGAUAUCGGAAAGUACUGGCAGAUUCAUGUCGCUCCACCAUCAACCGACAAGAAGCAGCGUGGAUGA